AUGAAUGCAACCAGCACGCUCGACUUUUCUCAACUUGAUACGGCGGCGGCAGCAUUGGAGCCGACACUGAGAUACACUGUAAUGAUUUCAAUAUCUCUAGCUCAGUGCACUUUGCUCUGUUUCCAACAACAUUGGGAAUUUACAGCCUGCUCAAGUAUUGCGAGAAAACAGCUUGACGAAAAGGCGUUUGUUGCAUUUGUCGAGCUCAGUCGCCGCGCGCUGAUUAAAACAAUUCCAGUAAUUGGUGCUGCAAGAGCGCACAUUGGGCUUGUGGUCAUACUGAAGGCAAUCAGCGAAGGUGUCAGGGCGCAGCUUUCAAAGGAGCGCUAUAGGACGGAGGAAGAGCGUGAUUACAAUUUCGCCAUGAAACGAGGCAGUGACUUUGCUUUCCAAGUUGAAUGGAGACGCUCUCAAUGCCAGAUACCAAGAGACGAUAGCUGCGUGCCCCGAGUUGGAAGAGGUACUGGGAUUCGAUACCUUACGGCCGAUGCCUCUCCAGCGAAAACCUCAUGCCGAUAA